GAGCUGGCAAUGGACUUCCUGGACAGAAACUACUACUCCAUCUCAGUAGGGCACGUCGGCGCCACAGCCUCCAACGUCGAGCAGCGCUUCGAAAACAUCGGCUGGGGUGAUAAGUUUGAGAAGCUGAUGGAGACUUUGGAUGAGGUGAAGGCAAAGGAUGGUGGCCCUGGCAAGACCAUCGUGUUCGCCAACUCCAAGAGGGAGGUGGACGACAUCUGCUACCGGCUCCAGGAUAUGCGAAUCCGUUGCACUAGCAUGCAUGGAGGCGUGAGCCAGAACCAGCGAGAUAAGUCGCUAAACGCACUGCGCAGUGGACGCGCACACGUGCUGGUAGCGACAGAUGUCGCCGCCCGCGGCCUCGACCUUCCCGGCAUCGACCAUGUGAUCAACUACGACCUGCCUUUGAACGGGGACGACUACGUUCAUCGUGUCGGGCGGACCGGUCGCAUUGGCAACAAGGGUGUGGCUACCUCCUUUGUAGGCUCCAAGGAGCCGGCAUUGAAG